UACAAAAAAACAUGGACCCUGGUCAGUGAAAUGCUUCUUUCACAUGUCAAACCUGAAAAAUAAAUAGCUGCCAAAUGGAACACUACUGCGUCAAAAAAAAGGUUUAAUUUUGUUGUUGUUUUUUAGGAAAGUAGAAUGAUAAAAGAAUGAGAAGUUAAUGUCGAAAAGGACGUUCAAUCAAUCACUUCCAUUUCUACCAAGAAGUUUGCUGCAGAAAAACCCAGCAAGAGAUGUAAAAGUAAAGAAGUUAUCAAGAACAGAAGAUGCAGUGGUCCGUGAUGACAAAGUGAAGCAAACAAGCAGAGAACAACGAUGGCCUUCUCAGGACGAACCUGUGUGCGUUGUUUGUGGCAAGUAUGGCGAGUACAUCUGCGAUGAAACCGAUGAAGAUAUUUGUAGUGUGCAGUGCAAGAAAACCCAUCUAGAUGAACAGCAGCAGGAGAAAGUUAGCGAGUCAACCGACAUCUGUGUAAACGAGACAUUUGAUUGUUACUAUGAACGACAAACUAAGUAUAUGCCUCAUCAAGGUUUGUUGCAUAUCACAGAGGAUAAAGCUGCGAUGUUCAGAAAGAAAAUGAAUAUUUUUGUGAAAGGAAAAAAUAUUUCAAAAUUGGCGACGACUUUCCAUCAUUUUAAUUUUCCAGACCAGCUUCUCCAUAACCUUACGGAGAAUAAGUAUGCGGUACCAAGCGCAGUCCAAAUGCAAGUCAUUCCACUUGUUCUCGAGAGCAGGGAUGUGUUGGUGAGUGCAGCAACAAGUAGCGGUAAAUCAGCAGCUUUCUUGCUCCCUAUCAUUCAUCGUGUACACGCAUGCACUGGAGGACUUAAAGUUUCCCACGACUUCUGUAAAUACCCAGUGGCUUUGGUAUUAGCACCCACACGUGAAUUGUGUAUGCAGCUGGAGGAACAAGCAAAAGUUUUUUGUAGAUCUUUACCAAACAUGAAAACGGCACUGCUUGUCGGCGGCUGUCCACUUGCACAACAACUUCACAGGUUGAGACACAACGUGCAACUGGUGAUCGGUACACCAGGCCGAAUAAACGAUAUUCUGGCUCAUCAUAAUUUGAAUUUACAACACGUAAAAAUGGUCGUCCUCGAUGAAGUUGAUGUAAUGUUAAACAUGGGAUUCCACAACCAGAUUUUAUCGAUACUUGAGUUGCUACCUACUAAACCACAACAUCUUUUUUUUUCCGCCACUAUUCCACCCACGAUCGAGGCGCUGGCGGGAAAACUAAUGCACGACGUUGUCCAUGUGCGCGUGGGACCUUCAGGCGUGCCUACUGCACAUGUCAAGCAGCUCGUUCUCUGGGUAGAAGAAGCGUCGAAAAAGAAGAAGUUGUUUUCUAUUCUGACAGAUCGAAAACAUUUUCUUCCUCCUGCAGUGGUCUUCGUGAAUUCUAAAAUAGGCGCUGACAUGUUGUGUGAAGCUGUUUCCAAGAAAUUUCGUUUGAGCUGCGAUAGCAUACAUUCAGAUAAGACACAAGACAUGCGCACAGACAUUUUACAACAAUUUCUAGCCGGUGCACACGACUUGCUUGUAUCAACAAACGUCAUGGGUAGAGGUUUGGAUCUAGUGAAUGUGAGACAGGUUAUUUUGUUUGACAUGCCGAAAUCUAUUGAAGAAUACGUACACCAAGUUGGUCGAGCAGGCAGAUAUGAUGACAAAGGUUUUUCAAUAGCUUUCAUUAACAACACGAGCAAACGUUUGUUCGUUGACUUGAAAAACUUGUUUGACUUUACAAGUAAUAAACUGCCCGACGAACUACUGCACUCUCCUUAUCUCAAAGAUGAUGGCAGGAAAAAGAAGGUUGUGCAGUCUCAAGGAAAGGAAAGAGAUAUUAACACACAAAAUUUAUUCGAAAUAUUGACGAAAGAGCGAUGAACAAAACUGCGUGCGCUUUUCAUCCUGUCUACAGAGGAUUAACGAAUAGGCAGUCCCACACAAAUCCACUAUAAUUCAUUGUUGAUGUGCAGAGUACUUUAAAUAUUCCCCAGUAUCAAGCAUGUUUUUGUGUCGAAACAAAUAAAACACUUCUUAAAAAAUCGAGUCGUUUUUAUCUUCUAAGAGUAAGACCUAAUUUUUUUCCUCAGUUCUAGUUCGCAAGUUUUUCUUUUUAAGUGUCGCAAAAAGGAAAGUUGAGUUACAAUUUUUUUUUUUCAUCGUCCCUAAUCCUUGAUUGACGUUUCACAAUCGCGCGCAUUGUUAUUUCUACUUGAUUGACGUUUCACAAUCGCGCGCAUUGUUAUUUCUACUUGAUUGACGUUUCACAAUCGCGCGCAUUGUUAUUUCUACUUAGUGGUAUUUAGGGAUGGAUUGUAGAGACAUUAAUUCGUAAGGCUGUCUUAUUUAAUAGAUUGUUUGUGAAAGCAGUCUAGUAAUCCGACCUGAUCUUUUCUGCCAACGUUACCAAAUCUUUCUCUACGAUCUGAAAGGAAACUUUUCCCUGACAACAUAUAUCAGAGAAAAUCUCUUUGUUGAGGUAAAUCAAAAGCAACUAACAUUUUCCGAUCGUAUUUUUUAUUUAUCUAUGACACAACUUUAUGUGAAACACACCAAAGAAACGGUAUUUUUUUGUUUUAUUUUCAAAUUUCAAAGUUGAUCGUUUGAACGAAAAUUUUGUCGAAAAAAUUAUUUUUGUGCGUUGUGAGCUCCUACGCAGUGACACCAUUAUUUAAUUGUUAGUUGUAUAGUAAUUUCAAUCUUUAGAUGUAUAAAAGAGGAAGGACCUUUAAACACA